AUGGCCAUCUCUUAUAGAAUAUCAGAACAGAGCACAAUUCCUGAGCACAUUUUGCAGAGCUCCUUUCAUCACUUAAUCUUUGCUAACUGGUCUGGAUUACAAACAGAAUCGAUACCAGAGGAAAUGAAACAGACUGGUGAGCAACAGGGAAAGAAACCACAGUGGGCAGCUCUUCUGAUACUCACGGUGAUAAUACCCACAAUUGGUGGGAACAUCCUGGUUAUUCUGGCUAUUUCACUGGAAAAAAAGCUGCAGUAUGCUAUCAAUUAUUUUCUAAUGUCCCUAGCAGUGGCUGAUCUGCUAGUUGGAUUGUUUGUGAUGCCGAUUGCCCUUUUGACAAUAAUGUUUGAGACUAUAUGGCCCCUCCCACUUGUUCUAUGCCCUGCCUGGUUAUUUCUUGAUGUUCUUUUCUCUACUGCAUCCAUCAUGCAUCUCUGUGCCAUUUCUGUGGAUCGUUAUAUAGCCAUCAAAAAGCCAAUCCAGGCCAAUCAAAGUAACUCACGAGCUACAGCAUUCAUCAAGAUUACAGUGGUAUGGUUAAUUUCAAUAGGCAUUGCCAUUCCAGUCCCUAUUAGAGGGAUAGAAACUGAUCGGAGUAACCCAAGCAACAUCACCUGUGUGCUGACAAAGGAUCGUUUUGGCAACUUCAUGCUGUAUGGCUCACUGGCUGCCUUUUUUACACCUCUGGCAAUCAUGAUUGUCACCUACUUUCUCACUAUCCGUGCUUUACAGAAGAAAGCUUCCUUGGUCAAAAACAAGCCACCUCCAUGCCUAACAUGGCUGACUGUGUCUACAGCUUUCCGAAGGAAUGAAACACCUUGCUCGUCACCUGAAAAGGUGGCAAUGCUGGAUGGUUCCCACAAAGACAGAACUCUGCCCAGCUCAAGUGAUGACCUACUUAUGCGAAGAAUGUCCACAGCUGGAAAAAAGUCCAUGCAGACCAUUUCCAACGAACAGAGAGCCUCCAAGGUUCUAGGGAUUGUUUUUUUUCUCUUUUUGCUUAUGUGGUGUCCCUUUUUUAUUACAAAUGUAACUUUAGUUUUGUGUGAUUCCUGCAACCAGACUACUCUCAAUAUGCUUCUGGAGGUAUUUGUGUGGAUAGGCUAUGUUUCCUCAGGAGUAAAUCCUUUGGUUUACACCCUCUUCAAUAAAACAUUUCGGAAUGCAUUUGGCCGAUAUAUUACCUGCAAUUACCAGGCCAUGAAAUCAGUAAAAACUGUCAGAAAAUGCUCCAGCAAUAACUACUUCCGAAAUGGCAGAGAACUCAAAGUUUUUCAUGAAACGUGGAAUGCGAAAUGGUAUUAA